GUCACGAACCAAAUUAUCGCACACACUAGUAGACAGCAAACGUUGCGAUCAAAUGCUUUCGGGCUACAGUGGAAAACGCACAUUCUCGGUCUUGGCCGGUCCAUCGAGAGGAGAUCGUCCGAAAACGAGUUAUUAACUUCAGUGUCAACAGUAUUUUCGUCCGUGAAAUGCCUCUGAAUGUGCGUUACCAGCGACAGUGAAAAUUAUAAUGUGCAUUUCGGGUCCUAUGGAUGAUAAAUCAAUCUGACAGUGCUCGCUCGUCUCGGGGCAAAAUAGUUAACAUGUAACGUCAAAUACAUUUCAUCGACGGUACGCUAUUAUUGUAAUAAAAAAAAAAGUUAAAUCGAAAUCGCGUUCGUUCGACGCGUUUCUUUUCAAUACCACCGCGAAAACACACACACACAAAUGUACAACAAUAACAUUUACGGGAAGCUCGAGAUGAACGAGUUCAAGUAUUCAAAGACUGCUGCAUUGUUCGAUAAGCUCGUUCAUGUGAUCAGAAUAUUUGGAGUAUUCACUGCAAUAGUUAUGUUUGGCGUGGGCGUUGACAUUGCAAUUCAUCAGUAUGAGGCCGGAUUCUAUAUUAUGUUGCUAUCAAUGUUAGUAUUUUUUUUAGAAAUCACAUGGGCCAUCACUUUGUUUCUCAACGUUUGCCUUAAAGACGAAUUUAAUCCAAUAUUUGCACUGUGGGAAAUAAUUCUUUGGGUCCGAUUAUGGAAAAAAACGUUGCUGUACUCUCUAUUCUCAGUUGUAUUCUUUCUUUGGCCUUACGGACUAUGGUUAUCUUAUGUGGCAGGAGCUCUACUAAUAUGUCUAGCAAUGCUGUAUUUGGUCAUGACUUUUAAGGACAGCGCUCAUAAACGAUCUGACUUUAUAAUUCUAUCAAGAGGCGAAGCGUCCACAUCCUACGACCAAUAUGAUGACAUAACAGAUUUGCUUGGUGAUACAAUUCAUGUAUCUCUAUCGGCCGACAAUUUAUCGGAAUUAGAUCAAAAUGAAAUUUUAGAACUCUAAAUUUUUUUAUUGUUAGUGUAUAUAUUUUAUUUGAAUAAUUCUGUAAAUACUUUCUAUUUAUAGUUAAAAUAUUUGUUUAUUAAUCAUUGUUAAAACCAAAAAUUAUCUUGUUAAACAUUGCUUAUUUGUUUAAAAUACAAUACAAUGUAAAUGUGAUAUAAUUAAAAUAAAUUGAUUAAUUCUUUUAA